AUGCGGUCACCAUCCGUCGAAGGAGUACCAUCACCCCUCAAGGUUGGCUCCCCGAGCAAACCCUCGUAUCGCAUACCCCGCGCUCCAGCGCCGCCCUCGUUUGCGCAAGAAACGUCAUACAACCCUGUCGCGAGCGUGUUUACUCAAGAUCGCGCAUCACCGUCGUUGGGCAAGAGCAACAGUAGGACCAAACGGGUCCUCGACCGAAUCGCAUCGUUGCACAGGGGAGCCUCUCAUGGGGGACGUUACAACCGACUGGAUGAUGAAGAAUCACAACCCGGCAGAAGACGGCUUGUGGGAGUCGAUGAGGGGGACGAGGCAGUCGGAUACGAUCUGAGCUCGCUAGGCGGUCUGCCGCUGAAAACAUUCGAGGCGCAAUCGCGGACACAGGACAUACAUGAAGGGCAAGAGCGUGAUAGAGACAUGGAUGAAGCUAGUCAUGCCGCAGAAUUUGAGCGUCUCGAGGCGCAACUCGGAGCUGGAAUGACGUCUGUGCUCCAUGUUCCGUUUGAGCACACCCCAGCUGGACCAGUACCAGGCUUCUUUCCAGGCCACCGACGAAUUCUAACAAGAGCGGAUGUAGUAGAUGAGCAGGCCAAAAAAGCGCAAGACGAGGCUGAAAAUACUGGCAAGGUCGUUGCUGUUGCAGCAGAUAUCCCAGUCGAUAUCAGCGAGUUCACAGGAGUUGCUCGCGACUUCGACUCUAUGAGAACUCUGACGGCUGAGGCUGGUCUCAUUUCCAGCGGUGCACAGACUAGCUACUUCUUUCCUGAAGGCAAGUUUCCCUACAUUGUCAAAAAGCAUCCUGAUAGAGGCGGUUUGUGGUCGUUCGAGAAGGUUAACAGCUUGUCCGUCGCGCAAUAUUUCGCCUGGCAAUACGCGCCCAUCAUGAUCUCGGUCUUCUAUGGCGUCCUCUGGCAAAUGUCGGAUUUCGAGGUGAAACGUCUGGAGCCAUUCUACCAGCUAUCCAAGAAAACAGGCGCAACAGCGGGAGAAUCGCUGAACAUGGACUACUUAACCUUCUUGAGUUUCUUGGUCCCACUGAGAGCACUUCGUCACAGGCAAUACGCCGUCAUUUACAGCUCACUGGGCACAUUGGUCGCUAGUAGUCUUGUACCUGUCUUGCAGAGUGCUUCUAUGACUAUGUGGCCAGACGAGGAGGCCCGUGACCUCGGCGACUGGAAAGCCGUGAGAGUCGAACCAGUCUGGUCUAGAGCGCUUUCCGCGUGCCUUCUGAUUGUCGCAGCUUGUGGCGGGGCGCUGAUGUACGCGAUGCAAAGAAAAAGCGGCUUGCAGUCAGAUCCCAAGGGCAUUGCGGGUAUCGCUGCCAUGGCUACGAAAAGCCACAUUCUUACGGACUUUAAGGGCCUCGACCAGGCUUCCUUGCCACAAAUCCACAAGCAGCUUCGCCAAAGAAGAUACAUCUUGCACAAAAGCUCACUUUGGCAAGGAGAAUACAUAAAGAGCAAGGAAAAGAUCCACGAACAAGGCUCUGAUCCUAGACCGCUCAUGCUUCGAAUGUGGGCGGGUGUACUCUUCAUUGGCUUUCUCUUCCUAUUCACCGUUGCGGUACCACUCUUCACAUUUGUCGAGGAGACGGGCAUAAUCACACAAAAGCUGCCAUGGAUGAUGACUGGGAUAGCGACUGUCAUACGCAUACUCUGGAACACUAUGAAUAGCGACGUGCGCAUGCUCCAACCGUUUUACAUUCUUUCUCUUCGACAUGCCCCAGCCAAGACUCUCACACUCGACUAUGCUGGUACAAAUCCUCUCUGGCUACCAUUCGAAGCUUUCCUCAACGGGCAUUACCUUGUCAUGCUCGUCGCCUGGGGAUCCAUCUUUGCCGAAAUCCUAACCGUCUGCGUAAGUUCGCUCAGCGUCGACGGUAAGAAAUUCAUACCCGGUUUCGGCGGUGAGAAUGAGGACAGUAACCAUGACGGCAAGGAUAGCGAUCCAUCUGAUCGAUGGAACACAGACCAAACGUUUCGCAGCUUCUGGUGGAGCUUCAUUCUCACCAUGUUCAUCCUGAUCUAUCUUAUCGGCAUCGCUCUCCUUACCUAUGCGAAGCGCAGUCAGAAGUUCAUGCCCAGAGAAAUCGGCACCAUGGCCUCCGUCCUCGCGUUCAUCCACCAGUCCAAGAUGCUCUUCAGCUUUAUCGACACGGAAAAGCUGAACUCAAGGGAGAUGACGAAGCAUCUCGAGAAGAGUGGGAAGACAUACGCGUUGGGCUGGUUCCAAGGCAGAGACGGCGAAGAUCACUUGGGCAUCGACGAAGAAGAGAUCAGCAGCGCGUACGUCUUUGGCAAGGAUUGGACUGAGGGGCGGCUGAGACCAGGUAGAGAUCUGACGUGGGAGGUUUAUUAG